AGCAGCCCUGCUCAACCCCGUCGCAAUGGGAGUGGAAUCCCCGUAUGGAGAAUGCAACAAUCCUUCAAUAGCUUGAUCCUCGCGUGCAACCCGACGAGAUGAUGUCUCGGAGGUGACGUGCCGACUUCGCUGAUCUCGCGUCUGAUCUCACGUGAGGUGAGAGAGCAGCCGGUCUCCUGUCGAAGACUCGAGAAGCCGGGGACAGAGCAGCGCCGCCACUUAUACUGAUUCGCCGCGCGACGAGCGGAAAGCCCGCGACGGCCAGACCAGCUCUUCUCCAAGUCCGGGCACCAUCUUAUUCUCCAGCCAUGCUGAACCGCGGCUAUCACGGCUGGACGGCCAUCCUCGUCGCGCUGCUGGGCCUCGCGCCCCGGCCGGGUCGCGCUGUGGUGCAGUGGACCAUGAUCGGCUGUGAAGGGGCCAGCGUCCAAGGCCAGAGCAUCGACAGCAUCUGGGACAACGCGGCGCUGAUGGCCGCCAACGCCGACAGCGUCCUCGAGACUCUGACGGGCAACAACGUCAUCAAGGCCCUGACGACGUCGUCAAACCUUGCCAACAACGCCAAGUGGAUGUUCGGCAUCAGCGUCAACUUCGGCGGCGUCCUGCCCUCGUCGUCCAAAAACACUCUCAACAACGUUGUUCGCCCCGUGUACCGCCAAGCAAAGAACUUGCUGCAAUCCAACAAUGGCUACCUCAUCUGCAGUGGGGCACCGGCCCUAAGGGGGCAGGUCGGCACCAACGCCAAUACCUGGUACUACAACAUUCCGGGGACCCAGGACGUCAUAGCCCUAACAUCACAGCCGCCGGGCAUCCGGCCCUGUUCGCCCCCGUCGCAGGGGACGCCGGUCACGCUGGGCCAAACCUUCAACGGGAAGAUCUACCCGUUGAACGCCGAUAUAACAACGCUGCCCACGGGAACUGCCACCGUCAUUCUCUUCUGCACGGAGCUGCUCGACGCCAACAACUUCAAGGGCACCCUCGCCUCGGGCUUCCAGGCCAACGACCCGUCGGCCGACUUCCCCGACCCGGACAAGUACCGCUCGGCGUCGGGCACGCUGCUGCACGAGAUGAUCCACGCCAUCGACACCGGCACCUAUCAGGACCAGGGCAACGACCAGGUGGGAGACAACAUCUUCCCCGACAGCAACGCCGCCUACGGCUUCAACCGCUGCGCGCUGCUGGCGCAGACGCACCAGAGCAACGCCCUCGUCAACCCGGACGGCUACCGCAUCUUCGCCGAGAUGUGCAUGUCCAGCAACACGCGCUGGGGCAUGCCCAAGCCGCCCCAGGCGGCCACGCCGGCCCCGGGCCGGAAGCGCAGCGUCAUCGGCCGCGACGCGCCGCGCCUGUCGCUUGGCGAGAGGCGUGCCGCUGGACCGGGAGGACACGUGCCCGGCCCGCUCGACUCGGCGGAUGCCGGCGCCAUGCGCCUGGACUACCUCGGGCACGACCUUGAAUGGUCUGCUUCAUGAGGGUCCGGAGAUGAGAGCAGCAGGCAAGGAGGAUAUUCCAGGAGUGAGAGCCUUUCGUUGGGCUUUUUUGUCUUUCUCAGGGGCGGGGGAUUAAGCGAGACUGGGGGAGAGCAUUGCU